GAAGGCGUCGACAUCGUCUUCGUCCACGGGCUCAACGGGCACCGCAUCUAUAAUUGGACCAAGCAGGGCGUGUGUUGGCCUCGGGAUCUCCUCGCGCAAGACGUACCCAACGCGAGAAUCAUUACGUGGGGCUACGCUAGCCCUGUGGCCGACACCAAUGCCUUUGCUGACUUGGCGGAGCGGCUGUUAGGCGAUAUAGCCCGAGCCCGCAUCGGCACUUCGCGGCCCAUCAUCUUUGUCGGGCACGGUAUCGGUGGCUUGAUCAUCAAGGAGGCGCUGGUUACCGCGGCCAUGUCUCGUGUUUUUGGCAGCCAUAACGAGCUUGGAAAUGUGUAUCCGAGGACCGUCGGGGUCUUGUUUCUGGGGACGCCGCAUACGAACAGUGGAAAACAGAGUCUUGGAGAUGUAGUUGCUACGGCUGCGCAGCUUUCCUUUCGUCCGCCGAGCUUACAGCUCGUGAGGGUGUUGAGGGAUAGCACCGACGUGUUUGAAAGUCAACGGGACUCUUUUAUUCUGGUGUCGAGGGAUAUCCAGAUCGUGUGUGUGAGGGAGUUGCUCAAAACACCCAUGGGGACGAUGAUACCCAGGGAAUCGGCAAUAUAUCAAGGCUUCAAAGUCCAACUCGACGAGAUACAGGCCGACCACAUCAACAUGGCCAAGUUUGAUAGCAGGACGGAUAUCGGGUACCAGAAACUAGUCAACCACAUUAACAGGCUGGCAAAGGGUGCUUCACCGCAGGAGCUCAAGGCCAGAGCUGUUCGUAAUCAGGCAGAAAUCCUCGACGCACUCUACUAUGACAGCAUGGGCGAGAGAGAGGAGCGAAUCGACUGUGUCUCAGGAGAGACGUGCUCAUGGAUUCUCUCAGCUAAAGCAGACGGCGAGACGGCCUCUUCAUUCCAGUCCUGGCUACGAUCCAGCAGCAGCUCCAUCUUCUGGAUCAGUGGCAAGGCCGGGUCGGGUAAGUCAACACUGAUGAAAUACGCCUUCCACAGCGAAGAGACGAAAAGGCUACUGAAAGAAUGGGCCGGAAACAGCGAUGUCGUAAUGACGUCGAUGUUCCUCUUCGAAGCCGGGAGCCAAAUCCAAAAGUCGCGCGAGGGCAUCCUCCGCAGUGCACUGUAUCAAAUCUUCAGCACCCGACCCGAUCUAAUGUCGAUUGCGUUCCCGAGUUUUUUCGGCUGCGCGUGGCCGCCCCCUACGCCGUUCAACACCGUUAUGAACCUUACCCAAGCGUUUUACUCGCUGUUCGCGCACACGUCGGAAACGCUCAAGAUAUGCUUCUUUGUGGACGGUCUGGACGAGUAUCGCAUGAUGGACAGGCGGGAUUACUACACGGAAAAGGACUUUGCCCUGGUGUACGACGAGGAAGAGGGGGAUGCGGGGCUCGGAUCGAGUCAAUGGAUCACAGAUGCCCAUGCCGACAUCGCAAGGUUGAUUACCGAUAUGGGGGCUACGGAUAAGGUCAAGGUGUGCGUUACAAGCCGUGAGCUGAAGGUCUUCGAGGAGGCCUUUGCCGGUUAUCCCCGUCUCCGCGUGCACGAGCUCUCGGGCAAGGCCGUCGCGCGGUACUGUGCGUAUCGCCUGGAAAAGGAGGCGCCGGGUUUGUCAGACGUCAUGACGGAUCUAUGCGAGCAGCUGGCCGUGAGAUCAGGCGGGGACGUACUCUGGGCUCGUCUGGCCGUGAAUAUGCUCCUCGAGGGCUCGUUACGCACCCUAGUGGCACGGUUAGACGCGCUCCCCAGUCGACUCGGCGGUGCAGAUGGGUUGUAUAUGAGCAUGAUAGAGAACCUCAAGCCCGAGUACCAGCGCCACGCCUACAACAUCUUUCAGCUUGUGCUGCGGGCCCACCAGCCACCUCAUCUCGUCACCCUUGCCUUGGCCGAGCAGGGAUACCUAGACCCAGCCACGGGCCAACUCCGAGUCUUACAGGACGAACCCCAAGGCCAUAACGCCGAAGGCCUAGCGAAGAUGUGUAGCUACAUGAAACAUCGUUUCGCCCAAUGCUGCGCCGGCCUCCUUGAAGCCGAAUCCAGCCCGCUCGAGAUAUCCCAGCGCGUCAUCUUCAUGCACCAAACAGCCAAAGAAUUCGCCGCCCGCAAGGACGUCUGGGACAAAAUCCCGGGUAAUCCUCGCCCCAAUCCGGUAGAGGUCGACUUCUGUCUCCUCAGCGGCUGUGUCCGCCACCUGAAAUCCAUCGAGACCGUGAGACCCAUAUGCAUACUCCCCAGCGUAGGCUUCAACCCGGAAACCUGGCUCCUUAUCGCCAACGCCGUGCGCUACGCGGGGCGCAUCGACGGCGAAGGCCCCAUCAAUAAGGUAGCGUACUGCGAUUUACUGGAUGAGUUGGACCGCGCGACACAGCAGGCAUGGGUCGUCUCGCUGCAGCGCCAUCAACCCCUAUUUGACGAUGCCGAGUGGUCUGAUCUGCGUUGUCCGGCUCUCUGUAGACAGCACUGGACGGGAUACGAACCUAUGGCUUCGGGUCGACCGCCCAAGAGGAACAAUUUUUCAUCGCUGGCCGUUCAAGCGAAUUUGGUGACGUACGUCUCCUCGCGCUUAGCAAAUAUUGAGCCUGCCUCGGCAAGACGAGACAAGGCGCAAGAACUCCUGGGUUACGCGACCGGCCCCACGGCCGAGGGGAUGUCGGCGUGCGUCUCGUUGAGUGGGGAUUACGCCGAUUUCCACAGCGACAUGCCGGAUCCUAGAAUCCUCGAUGUGUUAUUUCAGCACGGGGCCGACGCAACGCAGGGUAGUGUGUGGGUAGAUGCGCUCAGGGCAGGAAAGCUGUUCUUCACGAGGCAGAGCGUGGCCGUUUCAUAUUUGAUGCAGAGUAGUACCAAUUCAGGGCUGAUGCAAAAUCGGCAGCGGUGGGUGGCUGCUGUGAAGGCGAUGCUGGUGCAUGGAGCGGAUGCGCAUGCGCUUGUUGAAAGUGCAGGCGAAGAGUCGAGGAUGAAGCCAGCGUUGGAGUUUGUAAGGGAGACGCUGGAGGGGGAGCCCGAGUAUGCGGUUGAGCUGGCCGAGUUGGAGGUCCUUAUG